ACUCGUGACGUCACUCGGCAUGGCCGCUCUCAGCGUGCCCUGAUCGCCCUCGCUCGCGCGAACAGUUUUCAAAACAUUAAACCAACAACAACAACAGCAGCAGCAGCAGCAGCACGACAAACACACAACAACUGCAACCAUACAAACAUUAACUCUAGCUCUUGAAGCGAAUCCUCAAGGCGGGAAGACCGGGCGCUCGGCGCGCCAUGGCCAUGGCAGAGGAGGUGCAGAAGCACUCGGUGCAUACGCUUGUGUUUCGCUCCUUGAAGCGGACUCAUGACAUGUUUGUGGCUGACCACGCCAAGCCCCUCAGCCAGGAUGAAAAGAGCUACCAGUUGAAGAUGAAUGUGAAGUUGCGUGCAGAGUACGGCCCCGUGCUGCACAUGCCCACGCAGAAGGAGGUUCGGGAGAAGGCGCCACAGCUGCCCCCCGCUCUCUACGGACAGCCUCCACGCUACGCCAUCGAGCAGGGUGAAGAUGCAGAGUACGCGAUUGCUGGAACUCACCCUUAUCCAUCUGGACCUGGAAUUGCCCUGACGGAGGAAACGCGAUUGCAGAGGACCCCGAGCGAUGCAGCUACACAGAGUCUGGCACUCACUCUCCCCCCAUCACAAACAAGACAGGAGGCGUCGCGCACAGCUGCCAGUGUGGCCGACAUCCAUCGCCACGCUGGAAUCGCAGAACGCGUCGUGCCACCUGGAAGCAGCUCGGCUUUUCUGGAUGGAGGUGGGCUGAAAGGGUCGGCUCUAAUGCCCAAGAAGGCCUCCAGCAUGCCCAAGCCACAGUGGCAUCCACCAUGGAAACUGUACAGGGUUAUCAGUGGCCACUUGGGUUGGGUGAGAAGUAUUGCUGUCGAGCCAGGAAACCAGUGGUUUGUCACAGGCUCUGCUGAUCGGACCAUCAAGAUUUGGGAGCUUGCUACAGGGAAGUUAAAGCUGUCACUAACGGGGCACAUCAGCACAGUGCGUGGAGUGGCAGUCAGCUCCCGCAGCCCCUACCUCUUCUCUUGUGGCGAGGACAAGCAGAUCAAGUGCUGGGACCUGGAAUACAACAAGGUGAUCAGGCACUACCACGGUCACCUUAGUGCCGCUUAUGCACUGGACCUGCAUCCCACCAUCGAUGUCCUCGUCACUUGCGGGAGAGAUGCAACUGCUCGGGUGUGGGAUAUCCGUACCAAAGCCAACGUUCACACGCUGACUGGACACACCAACACCGUGGCAGACGUCAAGUGUCAGGCAGUAGAGCCUCAAAUCAUUACUGGCAGCCACGAUUGCACGGUGCGUCUGUGGGACUUGGCAGCAGGAAAGUCGCGCGUGACUCUGACCAACCACAAGAAGUCCGUCCGCUCUGUUGUGCUGCACCCUCGGCAGUACACAUUUGCGUCCGCUUCACCCGACAACAUCAAGCAGUGGAAGUUCCCGGACGGGGUGUUUUUUCAGAACCUGUCUGGCCACAAUGCCAUCAUCAACUGCCUGGCCCUCAACUCUGAUGGAGUGCUGGUGUCUGGAGCCGACAACGGGACGAUGCACCUAUGGGACUGGCGUACGGGCUACAACUUCCAGCGCAUUCACGCAGCCGUACAGCCGGGCUCCCUGGACAGCGAGUCGGGGAUAUUUGCGUGCGCCUUCGACCAUUCCGAGAGCCGCCUCAUCACGGCUGAGGCUGACAAGACCAUCAAGCUGUACAAGGAAGAUGACACCGCUUCAGAGGAGACGCACCCAAUCAACUGGAAGCCCGAGAUCCUCAAAAGGAAGAGGUUUUGAAAGUUCCGACUUCUCAUGUGUUUGCUUCCUUCUGUCAUACACGCAUAUGCUCUCAAAUUGUUUUGGGUGGCUAAUGCAGAACUGACAUGGUAAAUAAAGACUUUUUGAAUAUUGACGUUGUUAUAUUCAGUAUUUUUUUAAACCCAAAACUAGGAUAAGGUGUGAGUUAACAUAGUCCUCAACUUCUGUCACUGUAAAACUGAUGUAUCGUUUUGUUAUUAAAAAAUAAACGGAUUCAUCAGCA